CUCUAGUCUCCGGUGCAGCUGCUGUUGUGGUCCCUCGUGCGCUCGUGCUCCCCGUGUUCGUGCCUCCUCCGUUAAACCCCGUUAAACCCGCGAGCUCCGUGACACCGGGGCCAUGACGUCACGCGGCGGGAGCGCGCUCUUCUCCGGGUUCCGCGUGCUCGGGCUCUACUCCAACCACGUGCCGCACGCGCUCCGGUACCACCACAAGCACCGUGAGUUCUACGUGGUGACGUCAGUGGGAAAAUGCUUCCACACGUACAAUGUCAGUCGUCUGGGCAUCGUCUCUGUCAGUAACAGUCUAUCAGAGGACAUCUCGUGUUUGGCGGCCGAUCGAAUGUUGGUGUUCGCCGCAGCGGGACGAACGAUCAGCGCCUUCGCCAGGAACAAAGAGGUGGUGCAGCGUUACCAUGGACACGAACAGGAAGUGCAUCUGUUACUUCCUCUGGGCGAUCAGCUGGUGUCUGCUGAUGUCAGCGGUGAUGUCAUCGUGUGGGACGUGCAGAGUGCCGAGAUUUACCAGCGGCUGCACUUUGACCCUGUGACCUUUGACCUGUCGGCCAUGAUGCACCCGAGCACCUACCUCAACAAAGUUCUGCUGGGCUCCAGACAGGGCCCCCUGCAGCUGUGGAACCUCAAGACCAGUAAGUUGCUGUUCUCGUUCUCUGGGUGGCGCUGUGGAGUCACGGUGUUGGAACAGAGUCCCGCGGUGGAUGUAGUGGGCGUCGGCACGGCAACAGGACGCAUCAUAAUCCACAACAUCCGAUUGGACGAGACACUCAUGAGCUUCACACAGGACUGGGGACCAAUCACAGCGCUCGCCUUCAGGACAGAUGGCGCUCCCGUGCUGGCGUCCUGCUCGCCUCAGGGCCACAUUGCAUUCUGGGACCUCGAGCGACGACAGAUGACAUCACAGCUGAGCCACGCCCACCGUGGGGCUGUUGCCGGGGCGACGUUUGUGCACGGAGAACCAAUGUUGGUCACGAAUGGCGGUGACAAUGCGCUGAGGGCGUGGCUAAUGGAGGAGGGCGGGGCCAGACUCCUGCGCUGUCGCCACGGACACAGCGCUCCGCCCACCACCAUCCGUCACCACGGCAACGACGGGAAGAACAUCCUGAGUGCAGGUCUGGACGGGACUCUUCAGUCCUUCUCCACAGUCCACGAGCGCUUCAACAAAAACCUGGGUCACGGUUCCAUCAACAAAAAAAAAGAGAAAAAAAAGAAACACGGAUUAAAACAUGAAGAGCUGCGUCUGCCCCCGAUCACCACAUUCUGCUCUGCUCCCUGUCGUCAGUCGGACUGGGAUUCUGUGGUGUCGUGUCAUCGUGGGCGUGGCUCCGCCUCCACCUGGAACUACCAGCGCUGCACUGUGGGCAGCCACCACCUGAGGGCGCCAGACUGCGGACCGAGCAGUGAGGCCACGGCCGUGGACAUCACUUCCUGUGGAAAUUUUGCUGUGAUUGGCUGGUCGUGUGGCGGUGUGGGCGUGUUUAACCUUCAGUCGGGUUUGCACCGCGGCUCCUUCAGAGAGGGCGAACGAGCACACGGCGGCGCGGUCAGGGGCGUGGCCACAGACCUCCUGAAUCAGCUGACUGUCACCGUGGGCUCUGAUUGGCUACUCAGGUUCUGGAGAUUCAAAUCAAAGAAACUAGAACAUGAACUACAGCUCCCAUCAUCCCCCUCUGCACUGUGCUUGCACCGUGAGAGUGGGAUGCUGGCGUUGGUGUUGGAUGAUUUCUCGUUGUUAGUGGUCGACAUGGAAACGAGACGCGUGGUUAGGAAGUUCAGCGGCCACAGCGGCAAAAUCAACGACAUGGCGUUCAGCCCAGACGGACGCUGGCUCGUCUCCGUCUCCAUGGACUGCACCGUGCGCACCUGGGACCUGCCCUCUGGAAGUCUGGUGGACUGCUUCCUGGCUGGGGCGGCGCCAGUGGGCGUGUCCCUGUCGCCAACUGGAGACUUCCUGGCGACGGCUCACGUGGACUCCCUCGGGGUGUUUCUAUGGACCAAUCGCAGCCUGUGCGGCCCCGUCGGACUCCGCCCUCUGCCCUCAGACUUCCAGCCGUCCACUGAGGCGCUGCCGUGCGCACGCCCGGACGAGGAAGAGGAAGUGAUGUUGUUGGAGGAUGAUGAUGCGUUUGUGUCACGUGAGCAGUUGGGGGCGGAGCUCGUCACUCUGAGUCUGCUCCCGGAGUCGAGAUGGAAGACGCUGCUGCAGCUGGACGCCAUCAAGAAGCGGAACAAGCCCACAGCGCCCCCUGCUGCACCAGCCGCCGCGCCCUUCUUUUUACCCACAAUCCCCGGCCUCACGCCUCAGUUCAAUGUUCCCAUAGCAACGGACGCCGGCGCCCAGUCCAAGGUGGUGACCUGGGGCACUCUGGGUCAGAGGUCAGAGUUCAGCCGUGCACUGGAGGACGCCGCGAGGACUGGAGCUUUCGCACUUCCUGUUUCGCUGCUGAAGGGAAGUGGGCCGUCUCUCGUCUCAAUGGAGAUUUCUGACCUGUCAGCUGAAGGGGGCGUGGCCUUCCUCCAGAUGAUUGACAGCAUGCUGCAGAGUGGGCGGGACUUUGACCUGGCACACGGAUACCUCGCCCUCUUCCUGAAGACUCACCUGAGGACCGUAUCACGUGACCCCGUCGCCAUGGAGAUGCUGCUCCGCCUCUCGACUCACCUGGAGCAGGUGUGGGCGGAGCUAAGAGUCUCCUUUGACCAAUCCCUGUGUCUGCUGACGUUUGCGAAGAGCGCCCUGCUUUAGUUUUGUAAUAUUUGUGUUUAAUAAAAGAUGU